AUGCACAUUUCCGCAGCAGUAGACUUCAAAGCGCCGACGGCAACACUCCUGACUGAGAAGACGCAAAUCCUACAGCGAUGGACCGAGCAUUUCCGAGGCGUCCUCAACCGCCCCUCCGUCAUCUCCGACGCCGCCAUCGAGCGUUUGCCGCAAGUGGAGACCAACGUAGACCUCGACCUCCCACCAUCUCUCCACGAGACUAUCAGGGCCGUGCAGCAGCUCUCCAGCGGGAAGGCACCCGGAUCGGACGCAAUUCCUGCUGAGGUCUACAAGCACGGAGGUCCUCAACUGAUGGAUCACCUGACUGCGCCCUUCCAAGAGAUGUGGCGUCAAGGUGAAGUCCCGCAAGAUUUCAAAGACGCAACCAUCGUGCAUUUAUACAAGCGCAAAGGGAAUCGCCAAGUCUGCGACAAUCACCGCGGCAUCUCCCUGCUGAACAUCGCCCCGAAGAUCUUCGUCCGCAUCCUUCUCAACCGCCUCAAUAACCAGCUGGAACAGGGCCUUCUGCCGAAAAGCCAAUGCGGCUUCCGUCGUCAUCGUGGGACCAUGGAUAUGAUCUUCGCCGCCCGUCAACUUUAG